AUGACUGUUCCUCCGACAAUCAACAAUACCAAAGGCGCGAUGGCGGACUUUGCUGCGCAGAUUACUUGUCUGUUCUGGUUCGAAUCGACGGGUGCGAUACACAGGAUAGCGGAACUGAAAACACCCCUGGACCCUUCGUCGAUUCAGCCCAUUGCCCGUCACGCCGUUCCGGAGAUUGGUUUCCGCAAAUGGGUCGCGACGGUACUAUCGACAACCCAGGUGUCGCAGAACGUCAUCCUACUGGCGCUGCUUUUCGUGUAUAGAUUGAAGAAACUCAAUCCGAGCGUGCAGGGAAAGCCGGGCAGCGAAUUCCGGUUGUUCACGGUGGCCUUGAUGUUGGGAAACAAAUAUCUUGACGAUAACACCUACACCAACAAGACCUGGGCAGAGGUCUCGGGAAUCACUGUCGGGGAUAUUCACGUCAUGGAGGUCGAGUUUCUGAGCAACAUGCGCUACGGCUUGUAUGUCGGGGAUCAGGAGUGGAAGGAUUGGCAUACGAAUCUGGGGAAGUACUGGGAUUACUGGGAUAAGGCUUCGAGACUACCGCUGGCGUCCCCACCGCAACCCCAACCGAUGUCGCCCACCUCCAAUGGUGGAUCCCCCGCUUUCGCCCACCUCCAUGCCCCGCCGCCGCCGCUGCAGCCGACCGCUAUUGCUGGGCACCAGCUCUUCCUCCCCGCCCCAGUCGCGCUGGAUCCUCCGCACGUUCCGUCGAUCUCGAUGCCCAUCCCGGACUUUGACUCGUUCUCCAGGAAACGCUCCAUCGACUAUGCGAGCGUCAUGCAGCCACCGUCGAAGAGGGUGACCAGAUCGCAGGUUCCGAAGUUGUCGGUGAACGUGCCGCAGUUUCCCGUCUCGGUGCCGACCACGAUGCCUCCCGGGAGUGCGCCGCCACGGCUACAGCCGUUGGAUUACCAACUGCCGCUGCCGUCGAAUCGGGGGGCUCCUCCGCGAACGAUGGACACUCACCCCGUCCAGCUACAGCAACAUCCCCUUCAAAUACAGCAACAGCAGCAGCACCACUCGAUACAGCUACCCCAACAGCAACAACAACAGCAGCAGCAGCAGCAGCAUCCCCAACUCCCAUUGCCUUCCGCCCGGCCGAUGCCAGUCGUGUCCCACUCGAGCCCAUCCGCUUCGGGUCCCCCGGUCCAUUUCGAUUUCUCACCCUACAGCGCUCGACAGACAUCGCCUUAUUCGGCCCAGCACUCGGUCGCGUCGUCCCCCAUCACGCCGAAUUUCAGUUCUCAGCGGUCGCCGACUUGUUGGAUCCUUGGGAACCGCCAUUCGCCCUACCGGCCAGUGCGCACCGUCAACACUUUGCUCGUUCCUCCACAUCUGGAGGCGCCCCAACAGAUUGGCUACGAUCAGAUGCACUACCAGCCACUGGCCAAAGUGAGAUCGGAGUACAAGACGGGUGUUGUUCCUUACAUGCAGCCCGAAGUUUCCUGGAACCAUUCUUGGUCCGACAACAACCACUACUGA